GCUACUCUGGGCUUUUCCCCCGUGUAGACAAGCCCAGGGUGUAAAGGAAGGUUUACGCUGCAUUGAUCACAGGACUGAUGAUCAGAUGACAUACGUUAAGAGGAACAAGUGCUGCUGCUUUGGGUUGGUUUUUACUUUGCAUCUCCUGUGUUUUUAACUGUACGUCUAAAGCACCCAGAGCUUUGGAUGGUGGGGGCGGAGUGCCCUUUGAUGUGGGGCUCAGAUCAGACAGAAAUCUAAAUAAAGAAAGAAAAUCAUUCAGUCCAGGUGCAACCUCACAACAGGGUUACAGCUGGGAUGAAUUUGGUCCAAUAUGUUUUGAAGCCUCCUAUAAAACUUCCUUUAUGGUUUGCAUACCAUUUGUAUUUGUAGCGCGAGAAAGGAUCUGAUACAGGACCUCAAGCAUAGCGAGUUCUUUUUGUUGCUUUCCUCCUUUCUGUUAUUGGAAAUACGUGCCACAGGAAGCAAGCAGCCAUCACUGAAUGUGCUCUAACUCCUGUUUUACAAAGGGAGAAGAUGGAGUUCAUCAGUAUGUUACUUUUCUUGCUACAAGUUUCAGGUGCAGCAAGACGACGCAUUCAAGUGACUGGUGAGGUUGGAAGAUCCAUCACCAUAAAGUGUCCUGUGAAGGACAUUUCCAGUCGAAAAUUCUGGUGCAGGGAGCUCGAGACAGGGGCCUGUGGCACCAUCAUCUCCACCACUCCAUACAUCAGUGAGAAUUACAGGAAUAGAAUAUCCAUCACCGAGGCGCCUCAGGAAGAAAUAUUUCAAAUUACAAUCACAAGGCUGGAAGAGGAGGACACGGGGCUGUACAUGUGUGGGACAGGAUUUGUAAAUGACAAAGGCAGUGGAAGGUCCCUCCAAGUGGAGCUGAAGGUUUCUAAUGGGAAUGCUCCCCCCAGAAUGGGCCUGUUGUCUGCUGAACCCCUGAGACGUGACAGACCUAUUGUGGUACCAACAGAGUCUGGCAACAAAGGUGCUGACACUCAAGGAGUCACACAACCACAGAUGACUAAUGGAGCACGGGCAAAAUAUACCUCCUUUGCUGCACCUGGCAUCAAAUUCCCUGAAAAUACAAUAAUUACGCCUGCAGACGUCAUUGGCACCACUGUUACCAAUGCAGAGUCUGAAAGUAUAACAAAGGGGAUUCCAAAGACUUCCAGGACAAUCGGCUAUGCACAUCCCAGGCAUACAAAGCGCCUCUUGAGAAGCAAUUAUGGGAAUGAUGUCUUUCAAAUCCUGAUACCAAUUCUCCUGAUAAUGCUGCUGCUUGUGGCUUCUGUGAUAAUUGUUAGAAAACAGCUACGAGGGAAGAAAGGCAUUACAAUCUACAUGUUUGGCUGUUUUGGAGAAGCAGCUUCCAGUGAAACCUAUGGAAUAAAUCAGAGGUUGAGUGCGCUCGAACAUGGCCAAGGGCACAUUCCAAUGGAAAAUAUCUACAGCGUGUUACCCCGCAGGCUCGAGGGAGCUGACAGGAACAGUUCUCAUGUACCUCAUGACUCAUAUCACUGCAGAGUUGACUUAUAAGAGCUGCUGUGACAGCACAUCGGUCACCAGGCACAGCUGAGGAAGGACUUGAGGCACACACAAAGCCGCCUCCAAUCAGCACCUGAACCCUACAUGUCAAAGCAUUCCUUUGAUGCUGUGACCACGCUGCUCUGCAGAAGCUGGUCUACAUGCUUUCUCCACACAAAGUGCUAAUGCUAAGUUUACAAAGGUACAAUGGAUUUGCUGUGAUUGUUUAAAUGUGAUUUUUCUAGUUUGCUCUGCAGAUCUUGGUCUUGCUUUGCAGAGCUUGGUCUGUACAGAUGGUUGCCAAAACACGCAGGUUCAGGUAAACAUUAAAAGCAGAGGUAAACUUUUCCCCUCAAUAUUUAUUGACUGUGGAUGAAGAUUUCUCCUAUGCAGAGGGCCCGUGCAGGACCGAAGCACCACUUAAAUCCUCAAAUUAGGUUAAUAGACUGAAGUGUUGUCUCGGUUUUGUGCUCUUUGCACAAGAAAGGAUUUCACCCUAUAAGCUCAUUGGCAUUUUGAUAUAGCAUUAAAGUUCAUCUUCAUUGUCAGCUUGAACUAGGUGAAUAUAGUUGGUAAUCCAGUGCCCAGAAAAAGAAGAAGGAGAAUUGUUUUGCAACAAUUUCUCGUGUUUCAUCAAGUGUAUUUUUGGUGCUAAAUUUCUGAUCAGCUAUGAAACUGGAUGGAAAACAGAGUUUGUUUUUUUUCCUUUCCAAAUACUUUAUACACGUUUUUCAUUCAAAUAAAUAAAAAUGUUUUGGAGAAA